AUGAAAAGGAAGAUGGAGAGAGAGAGUCUAAGAUAUGGUCUAAAAACUAUUGUCACUGACUGUGGAAGGAUAUUUGUUCCCCAUGGCUCUGAAGUGCCUAAUAAGGAUUUAGAUUUAGUGGUAAAGCGGCAGAAAACAGCUGAUGGCGAAAGUGGUUUAAAGAAAACAGAGGUUGAAGUUGAAGAGUCGAUUUCACUUUCAAAAUCAUCACAUAAAGCGGACAGUGUAGAUAUCAAUGAGACCAUAAAUGCUGAUUUGGUACCAAAAGUAAAUGACAAACAAGAUUCACUACCUUUGACCAAAGAAACAGGGGCAACUACAAAACACUCGGAGGAAUCCCCAGAUCAAAAUUCAGACACACCAUGUCAGACAGUCCACACAUCUCCUACUUUUCAGGAUCAACAAAACACUGGAAAUGAGUCUUCCAGUGCAGUAAAAAUAGCUGCAGAUGAAACUCAGUUAACAGAUACUGAAAAAGUUAAAGAAGCAGGUAGCACAGAACCUUCUCAAAAGAAAAAGAAAAGAGCCACUGAAUACACUAUUAUUUCAAUCAGUCAGUUAAGAACUGUUUUGAGGAGAGGCAAAAAAGAUAGUGAUUCAGCUGCAGAAAAGGGAACGGAGGGGGAAAAAACUGAGUCUAAGCCUAAUUCAGAGAGACCCCAAGGUGAUGAUAAAAACAAAGAUGACUGUGAAAGCAACAGUGACAGUGUCACUCAGGGUUACCCAGAUCAAAAAAGCCCAGCAGAGCAACUUCAGCCAAGUCAGAAACCUCAGAGUGCGCCGAGUUCUGAACAGGAACCAUCUGACAAAAAACCCUUGGAGCCUAGCAUAAAGCUGUCUGAAGACUUGACAAAGUCUAAUUCAGAGAGACCCCAAGGUGAUGAUAAAAACAAAGAUGACUGUAAAAGCAACAGUGACAGUGUCACUCAGGGUUACCCAGAUCAAAAAAGCCCAGCCAUUCCAACAACUGAAGAUUCAGAACAACUUCAGCCAAGUCAGAAACCUCAGAGUGCGCCGAGUUCUGAACAGGAACCAUCUGACAAAAAACACUUGGAGCCUAGCAUUAAGCUGUCUGAAGACUUGACAAAGCAGGCUCAAAUCAGGCACGUUUCAUCUGAUGAAAAUGUGCCAUUGCCUAAAAAGGCAUCACCAAAAGGAAAGAAACGUGCCAAUUCCUCAAGAAAAGGGCGUAAGGGGAAAGCCAAGGACGUCUUCAAAGAAAAUGAGCGGCUCAAUUCUGACACACCAUCAUCUCAAAACACUGAACAAUUAAAACAAGCACAUACUCAAACAGGCAAUGACUCUUUUACUGGGCAUGGGUUGGAAGAGCCAUGUGUUGGCUUAGGCCAAAAGAGCUGCAGUGUGGAAGGAGUGGUCAACGCAUUGUGUAUGCCAGCUGAUGCUCUGACCUUACUGGCUGACAUAGCCCUCAGUGGCAGGAGUGGGAAACAUGAAAUAAGACUGCAAAACCUUGGACUAGAUUCAGAGGGCAAGCUCGGUCAAAGACGGGGAACGCGAGACGGUGUGAAAGAAUGCGGCUCUCAAGUGUCCGUCCUCCAUUCACUAUUGAGAGACUCUAAGUCAUUAAAGAUCCCGAUAGCUCCAAGGUCACCAUUGCCUAAGGGUCUUGUUAUGAAGGGAGAGUGUGUUGUGUUCAUUUCCAAAGAUCACUCAUACUCACAGCCAUCAUCUCUGGUGUUGGGUCUGUCAGGUGCACACCUCCAGGCCUUACCUUUCCGAAAAAGUACUGAUUCCCUCACUAUGCCAAAUUCUGUGGAACUGCAAGGCAGACCUUUGAAUACAAGAAAAGACUGGAUACUGCUACAACGUCAGCCCUGUGUAAACAGAAAUGGAUUGGAACAACAGUCACCCAUAAAAAAGCUACUGCCAUCCAACAGCAAGGAGAUGCGAAAAUGUAAACGGCGCAGACAGAUUGUUGAAAAAGAUGGAUCAAUUAAAGUGACAAGACUGUGGCGGGAACAGUAUGACUUCAGUCUGGAUAGCAAGUUCACAAAUGACCCGCACGAUAAGGCUGUCACAAGAGCACUGCAUGGCCCAUGGAACGUCAACAUUGUGGACAGUCCUGAAGAAGUCCAUCUGAUCUUCCACAUGUGGAUAGGUCUGUUCUAUAGCAGAUCAGCAUCUCGAUUCUUUCACAUCGACCCAGUUGGUUUCAUUCUGCAAGAUGGUGGACAUACAAAAUUGCCUGAGGAAGUUGAACUUCAUUCCACUGCAAGCUUUUCCAAGUCUGACAGGAUGAACGUCUCCUCGCAGAACAACACCUCUUUGAAGGUGGUACCCUCUCCACUGCCUGCUAAUCCAGGGGUUCUAAAUCUAAGUGAUAAAACCAAGAAAACCUCUACAUCUGCAUCUGAGGUGUUGGAUCUCUCAGUGAAAGGUUGUACACCAUUGAAUCUUACCUUUGCAAACACCAAGACAAGGGAAACCUUCACUGAAAGACCUGAUCCACAAUAUUUGGAUCUUCCAAUGAGUGAAAUAAAGUCACGACUGGUCUCUACAAACACAAAUUGUCAGCUCAGAGUCAACAAUGCGGCUGACAGCACUGGCAAUAUCAAAAGGGACAAUAUCAGUGUACAUGGAAUCCAGACAAAGAGCCAUAAUACUUAUGAGAAUGCCAGCAACACCAAGCCCUCCAGCACCCGUGCCUCAGAAAGCAGUGGUUAUGGCAAUACUCAACAGGCAACAAAUAUAGGGAGUGAUUUUCAGGAUUCUUCUGAUGUCCAGAAGAGAUUAGAUGGUUUGCCUGGCACCAAAGAACUGACCCAUGGUGGAAGUAGUGCACCUGUUGUUCAACUUAACAGUAGUGAUGAAAUUGUUAGUAAAGAAGACACCAUUUCCUCCCAGAUGCACUACAGUUCAGCUGUGAAAUCUACAUCUCCAAAGCACACUGAAAACAUCUUUGCUUGUGGGAAGUUUACAACAGGAUGCCUAGAUAAUGAGAGCAAUGUUUGUUCCAAUCACAGCAGUGUUGUCACAUCCAUUGGACUUGAGCCAGUAAAGAUUAAAGCUAAGGUUCAGGACAAAACAGCAGCAGUUGAAACAGCAGCAGCAGUUGAUGAUCAGCAUCAUUCUAAAGUUGAUACUAUCGUGACAGUGCAGGAUAUGGACCAUUCUAAAGAUGCCACUACCAAGACUGAGCAAAAUCUAAGUGAUUCUAACUCUGAGACCAUUAUGAUUGUGCAGGAUCCAGAAGCUUCAAAGGAGAAAGUUAUUUUGGCUGCACAAUGUCCAUCUGGUUCAAAGGUAAAAAUGGUACAAGAGCAUAAUGUCCCCUGUACAGAGAGCAUCAUGUCUGUGCAUGAUCUGAAUGAUGUACAUUCUGAUGCCAUGGUAGUGGAUGAUCCAAGUGACUGUGAAGUUGAAAAGGAAGUGACUGCUAAAUCUGAAACAUCAGUGAGGAUGAAGAGCCCAGAUGAUGAUGAAAUUCAGCCUCACUUAUUUGUAAAGAAUCCUAAAGAGACAAAACCUGAAACAGCAGUGGUUGCAGAGGUGCCAAUGGAUUCUGAAGUUCAACCAUUCGUUACGGAGCACAACCAUAAUGAGACUAAACCUGAGACAACAGUGACGGUGCAAGCUCAAGCUGAAUCUGAAAUGAUGGCUGUUGUGAAUAUGGAUCAGAAUGACUCAACACCAAGUGAACUAGUGGAAGAAGGGGAACUCAUUAACAGUGAAAGUGAGACACAAGUAGAACUGGAUAAUCUAAACACAGCAGUAUCAACAUCAGAAGAGAAUAACAGUUGUUCUGAAGAUGCAACGAUGAUGGAUUUGAGUGAAAACAGUGUACAAAUGGGUAGAACGGCAGUGUGUGCUGUAAAUGAAAAUGAAGGUAGGGCACCCAUGGAGGUACAGCUAGAAUGCAACUUGAAAUGUGAGAUAUCCGCUGCAGGUAAUGAAAGUCAAGUUGACACAGGCAUGGAGGUUGUGGAAAAGAUUGAUCAUGAAAAUGUGGAACAUGAGAUUUUGCCUGAGGCCACAGCAGUGAAAGCAUGCAGUCAUGAAGGAAAUGUGAAGGAAGAUUUGACAUCAACAAUGGAGCAAAACGAACAAAUCAAUCAGUCAAGAAGUAUUAUUGUUGGAGAGACAGAGGAUAUGUCCAGUACGGAAAUUGCUGAGAUGCCACAUGGUCUAGAAGAACAACAGAAAACAAACAAAAUAGUCAAUCCAGAAGCUGUAUCGACAUCAAGUCAGAUAGCACAUGAUUCAUGGCACAUAACCAAAGAUCAUGAAUUAAAAGUCAUUGAGAAUGAGAUGAGAUGUCUCACACCUACUAUAGAUGAGCUGCCUUAUAAUACCAUGGGUACAGGCAGUGCCCUUAACCAAUGCUCUACCCCAACACAGGAUGAACUACCAUCUGACUGUGGAUCUGCUGUUGGUGAGCAAAGUUUUCAUGAGCCAUGUUCAGACCCUUAUGAUAAUGCUGUUUAUAACACGGAAGGACUGGAUUUAGCCGCUCUUAGCCAUAUGAUUACAUGGUUCAGGAAUAGAAAUAAUAAACAGAAGUUAGAUUCUGUGUCAGGCCAGAAUUCAGAGCCCUCACAGCUCAGAUUUUCCACCAACUCUGACAGUAUUUCAAGCCCGUCUAAGGAUGAGGGUAACUGGACAUUUCCUAACAGUGCUUGUCUAUUGAACUCGAUUAAGGGUUUUAGUGGCAGCUCCUCAGACGAUAUUGAGUCAAAUAUGCAAAGUGCUGAGUUCUAUAGGGUGCAGUAUGAGGAUGUUGCUGCAACUGAUCCGUCAGAGGAUGUAAUGUUUCAGAGCAGUGCUGAUGGACUCUAUAAUGCUAUGGAGCCAUACACCAGAGAUUCAAAGUCAACAGGAAACCUUUCAUUUCGCCAUCUCUCAAAGAGUGCAUCACAGGAAAAUUUUCAUUCUAUACAUGAGGACAGUACAGGGAAAGACGAGAAAGAAAAACAAAGCCGAAUUUAUCGAGAGGGAGAAAUUAUUGACACUGUAUCAGUCUCAGCAUCCAAAAUGAAAGAUAAACAACAAGAAAAGGCUUAUUGGAAAUAUGUUUAUUCAAACGAACAAAAGCAUUCAUCAGGGAGCCAUUGUCAACAGAGAGGAUAUCAAGGAUACAUUGAUAAUUUUGAUCAGACUUGGCACUGGAAUGAAGAGGAAGAUCAUGAAUCACAUCACUACCGUAUUAACAGUCAGUUUUUUAGAAAUGAUGACAAAGAGGAAACUAGCACAUCUUCACAAAGCUCUAGCACAUCUUCGAGUGAAAGUGAGCUUGAAUCAUCAUCAUGUAAUGAAUCUUUCAUGAGAAAACGGGAGGGACUUCGAGUAACAGUAGAUUUCAAACGAGGAGAUAGCACCUUGUCUGGUCAUGAGACCCCCAUAUUUACAGUGCUGGAUAAGGGAGAAAAGCAGAGGACCGCUAAGAACUGUCCUAGAAAACCUACACAUUCUAGAACCAUUCAUAACCCAUGCCAUAAAGGCACGCAGCGGUAUGUGGAAAAGUUUCUUCAAAAGUGGGAUGAUCUGCAUCAGGCAGACGAUGAUAUCACUCAGUCUUCAAUGGAUUUGGAGUAUCUGGUCUUUUCAGAUAAAAUGAACAAUAUUCUCCAAUGCUGCAAGUCAAAAAGGCAACAGACAUUGAACAUGGCCUGCAAGAGCCCUGUGACCAUACAGUUUUCAAGUCUUAAUGAACAGGAUACAUCUGAAGAAAUUUGUGAUUCUCUUCCAAUGUUUUCUGAAAGCAAGAUUAAGGUUGUUUUGCCUGAUAGGAAAGAGAGGAGAGCGGAGGAUUCUAGGCACAUGCCUCUUCGCCUCCAAAGGCUCUCCUACAAGAAAGAAAGUGAGGCAGCCUGCUCAAAGAUUUCAGCUAUUACAGCUGAAUGUACAAAGUCAUAUUAUGCAAUGAUGAAAGAUGUUUGUACAAACAAAAAUACUGUCAGGCAAACUGACAGGAUCAAGAAGAAGCAGGAUUCUCCAAAGAUCAGAACGAGUAAGCCCGUUGAACUUUGUGGAAAGAUAAAGGAAGAUUUGUUUGAGCGCCUCCACGAUGAUCUGAAUUCUGUGGUGAGACAGGCAUGCAAGACUAAGUACAGAUUUUUUAUUCUGGUGACAUCAGAGGAUCCUUUUUUCAGAGAGACAAAGGAUCUGUUGGAGAAUGAAGGGCACAUCAGUGUGGAGCCUGAUCAGUUUGACCUAGAGACUAAUACAUCUUCCUCUCCAUUACUCAUCAUUUUGAGGAAUGAAGAUAUUGCCAGUCAUAUCUGCGAGGUUCCUCAUCUACUAGAACUAAAGAAAUCAUCAAGUGUGAUCUUUGCUGGCAUUGAUCAACCAGAUGAUUUUGUGAAUCUGACACAUCAAGAGCUGUUUGGAAAAGGUGGUUUUGUGGUGUUUGAUGGAACAGCCCUGAACAAACUGACACUGGAGAACAUGAAAAAAUUGUUGUCUUCCUGGAGAAGCUCAGCAAGAAAGGAAAGUGGAAAUGGUUUCUGCACUACAGAGACAGCCGGAGGUUCAGAGAAAAUGCACGGUCACAUCAAGAUGGGCAUGAUAGGAAGCAUUUCCUGGACUGCUGUCAAGAAGCAGGAAUUGUGGAAGUGCUGCCCUACCAUGAAUGUGAUGUGAUCUCACGGGAUCAGCCAAACUACUUGCACUGUUUAGUGCGCCUCCAAGUUCAGAAUGCUACGACGCGAUAUCCAGUUUUUGUUUCAGAUGCACCAUGCAAAUCUUUUGAAAAGAAUGGGAUUUUGACAAUGAAUAUGAACACUUUCUUACAGAUACUUUCAAAUGAUUCCUGUACCAUAUGUUAAGUAUUAUAUUAAUUUUGUAUAUAAACUUCCCUUUUAAAUUAUUUUCACACUGCUUAAAAAUGAGAAAUACAGUUUUUGUCAACUUUCCGAAACGUUCACUUUAUGAAACAUCAUAAAUAAAAUAGGUCUUGAAUA